GUAGUUUGCUCUCAGUUUGACAAAGUUGGAACAAUCCAGGGUAAACCAGAUCUACUCUCCAUUAUGAUGCAUUCAUCACUGAUGGCAGUGCAUAUUCCUAAACCUAUUUUUGUGUAUGGGUAAAAAGGGCGACCAAGUAUAUGCCUUUUGGAGACCCCGUGCACCAUCUGGAUUUGCUGUACUUGGAGAUUGUUUGACGCCACUGAACGAGCCACCUUCUAAAGGGGUUCUUGCUGUAAACACAAGCUUGGUAAAAGUAAAGAGGCCUGUGUCAUUCAGCUUGAUUUGGUCUUUCAGUCCGGAGAACACUGCUAGCAGCAGCUAUGAUUUAUUGAUAAACGUUCCAAACAAGAAUGAUAGCUCGUCAAAUGAAAGCUGUUCCAUUUGGUUCCCAGUUGCACCUAAAGGCUAUGUGGCAGUUGGUUGUGUGGUUUCCUAUGGAAGGGGACAACCAUCAUUAUCUUCUGCUUUGUGUAUCUUGUCUUCCUUAGUGUCUCCAUGUGCAGUGAAAGACUGCAUUGCAUUUCAAAUGGCUGAUAUGGCAUUUUGGCGAGUGGAUAACUCAUUUGGGUCCUUUUUGCCUGCAAACCCUGACAUGAGCAUUAAUGGAAGGGCGUAUGAUCUCCAUUGUAUGAUCUUUUGGCAAUCAGAGAAGCCUAGCAGGACUUUAAAAAGUUCAACCGCCCAAAAUAAUCAGCAAACCUCUAGUCAUGGUCCAUUACUUGAAGGACCCAUGUUGACCUCAAGGCGGCUUUUCGAAGUUGUGGCACGUUUCAAGUUAAUAUGGUGGAAUCAAGGAACAAACCCUCGGAAGAAAUUGUCUAUAUGGCGUCCUGUGGUUUCACAUGGGAUGAUUUUUCUUGGUGAUCUUGCCGUUCAAGGUUAUGAGCCUCCCAACUCAGCUAUCGUCCUUUAUGACACUGAUGAUGAAGGUUUUCUUAGACGCCCUCAGGACUUUCAACCUGUUGGACAUAUUAGAAAGUAUAAAGGAAGUGAUGGUAUAAAUUUCUGGCUGCCUCUUGCUCCUCCGGGAUUUGUUUCCUUGGGUUGUAUCGCAUCUAAAGGUCCACCCAAGAGUGAUGACUUCAACUCUUUAAGGUGCAUACGUAGUGAUAUGCUCAUAGGCGAUCAGUUUUCUGAAGAUAAUAUAUGGGAUACUUCUGAUACAUUGGCUUCAACUGAAUCGUUUAGCUUAUGGGGUGUUGGUUAUGAGGUGGGCACAUUUAUUGUCCGAAAAGGAUUUAAAAAGCCUCCAAAAAGGUUUGCUUUGAAGCUGGCUAUUCCAAAUGUAUCCAGUGGGUCAGAUGAUACGGUGAUUGAUGCAGAAAUUAAGACUUUUUCUGUGGCUAUUUUUGAUGAUUACGGAGGGCUGAUGGUUCCUCUUUUUAAUGUUUCUCUAAGUGGCAUUGGGUUUAAUUUGCAUGGAAGGCCUGACUAUAUGAAUUCUACUGUGAGUUUUUCAUUGGCUGCAAGGUCUUACAAUGAUAAGUAUGAUGCUUGGGAGCCUCUUAUUGAACCAAUGGAUGCAUUUCUAAGGUAUCAAUAUGAUCUAAAUACACCAGGCUCUGCUACCCAGGUUCGGAUAACCUCUACCAAGGAUCUCAACUUGAAUAUCUCUGUAUCUAAUGCGAACAUGAUUUUUCAAGCUUAUGCUAGCUGGAAUAACCUAAGCCUCGUUGAUGAACCUUAUGUAAAAAAUAUUUAUCAGGAAGUCAACCCGUCAAAAUAUGCUGAGGGAUCUGUAAUUGAUAUUGAUCAUAGAAGAAAUUAUUUCAUUAUUCCCCAAAACAAGCUUGGGCAAGAUAUAUUUAUCCGAGUUGCUGAAACAACGAGAUUGGCAAACAUAAUUAAGAUGCCAUCAGGAGGCAACAUACGUGUAAAAGUUCCUGUAUCAAAAAAUAUGUUGGACUCUCACUUGAAAGGUUGUAUCAAUAGAGUCUCUCAGUCAAUGUUGACGAUUAUCAUUUCAGAAGCUGAAUUUCCUACAAGGAAAGGAAUGGCAUCUUCCCAAUAUACUGUAGCAGCACGUCUUUUUUUAAUCCCUCCUACUGGGUCUUUUAGGAAACAACAGAGUGCUCGAACUUGUGGUGCCAUCCCUGAACCUUUAGAUGCUACGAAGUCCAGUGUAAAAUGGAGUGAAAUACUUUUCUUCAAAGUAGACAUUGUGGAUAAUUAUGCAAUGGAAUUCGUUGUCAUUGACAUGGGAAGAGGUGAGCCCGUAGGGAUAUAUUCUGCUCCUUUAAAGCAGAUAGCUUAUGAGGUUCAUCCUAGUUCCAGUUCGCAGAGCUCUUGCUAUGAUGUAACAUGGAGAGAUUUGUCAGCUAAAAGAACGGAUUUUCACAAUGAUGCUCAUGGAGAAGUGCAUGGAAGAAUAAAAUGUGCUGUACUACUUUCUAUUCAAGAUGACGUUAAUAAAGAGAACAAUGAUCAAAAUUCUGGGAGAAGAGUUGGAUUAAUACAGAUUAGUCCUACAAGGGAAGGACCAUGGACAACUGUGAGGUUAAACUAUGCUUCCCCUGCAGCAUGUUGGAGAUUGGGCAAUGACGUUGUUGCCAGUGAAUUAUCUGUGAAAGAUGGCAACAGAUAUGUGAGCAUACGGACUUUGGUUUCUGUUAUUAACAACACUAAUUUUAAUAUUGAUCUACGUCUUAAAUCAAAAUGUUCUAUUGAGAGCUUGGAUUUUUUGGGUGAUGAAAAUGAGAAUGGAAACAAAGGACCUGAUUAUAACAGAAUUCACAUGGAUGAAAUAUUUGAAACCGAAAAAUACAGUCCGUCUGGUGGUUGGGUCAGCUGUUCUCAGCAGUCGCCAUCCUCAAAUUCUUAUGCUGUAAGGUCAAUUAAAGAUGUGCAUCAGGAAUCGCCAAGUGCUAGUUUGCCAGAUGGUUGGGAAUGGGUUGAUGAAUGGCAGGUUGAUGCAACUUCAACAGAAACUCCUGAUGGCUGGGUUUAUGCACCUGAUACUGAGCAUCUGAAAUGGCCUGAAUCAUUAGAUAACGUAAAUGUCAUUAAUUAUGCAAGACAAAGAAGAUGGAUUAGGCGUAGAAAAUACACAUCGUAUGACACAGACAGUGUGAUUCCCGUUGGACUACUCGAACCAGGUCAUCUUAUUCCUCUGCCUCUCUCUUGCUUUGUGCAUCCUGUGGUUUCUUAUGUCUUACAGUUGAGGCCAGAAAUUUCCUAUGAAUCAAAAGAGUAUUCUUGGAGUUCUGUAGUAGACAAAUAUGUGCCGAAAGAGAACUUAGAUAAUUCUGAAGCCUCAGAAAUAUGUAUUUCUGCACUUAUUGAAGCUGAUGAGCUUUUAUAUUGCUCAGAAAUGAGUGAGCUUUCUUCAGAUAAGGACCAGGGUUUGUGGUUUUGUUUAAGCAUACAAGCCACACAAAUUGGAAAAGAUAUUCAGUCAAAUCCCAUACAUGAUUGGAAACUCACUAUAAGUUCACCUUUAUCUAUAACAAAUUUCCUCCCCUUUACUGCUGAAUUUGCUGUUAUUAGUAAAGAGGGUGGAGAAAGCACUACCUGCUCUCAGGGUACUCUCAUUCCUGGUAAACCUGUAAAGAUCUAUAAUGCUGAUAUGCAAAAACCAUUAUUCUUAUCAGUUCACCCACAAGGAGGUUGGGAUCUAAUACAUGAGCCCAUUCCCUUAUCAAGCCCAAGAAAAAUAUCAACCAAGAUGAUGAGUCUAAGAAAUUCUUAUUCGGGAAGGGUUGACAUGGUUAUCAUUGAACAAAAUAUAGACAAGGACAGUUUAAUUGCAAGAACAAUUCGAAUAUAUGUACCUUUUUGGAUUGCAAGUGCAAGAUGUCCGCCACUUACUUGUUACUUUAUGGACAAAUCUGCAAAAACGAAUAAGAGAAACUUUUCUAUCUUACCACAUUCUAAUAUGAAAACUCAAAAAGUUCUUUGGCAAAUCACUGAUGAGGAGAUGACUAAUGGAUACACCAUAGCUUCUGCACUUAACUUCAAAGAUUUGGGUAUAUCUGUAUCUUUAGAAAAACCUGGCAUAGAGCAGUUCAGUCCUGUUAGAGAUCUAUCUCCCCUUGGUGACAUGGGUGGUUCUAUUGAUCUUUAUGCUUAUAGCAAUGACGGAAAGUGUAUGAGGCUAUUUAUUUCCUCAAAGCCAUCCCCAUAUGAGUCUAUUCCUACAAAGGUUAUUUUGGUGUGUCCGUUUAUGACAUUCACAAACAGGCUUGGUAGAGACGUGCUCAUUAAGUUCAAUAUUGACGAUCAACCAAAGGUUCUGAAUGCUUCCGACACAAGGGUUUCUUUUGUUUAUUGUAAUGCAGGAACUGAAAAAAUUCAGGUUCGCCUGCAAAAUACAAGCUGGUGCUUACCUUUGGAAAUUGAGAAAGAAGACACCGUCACUAUUGCGUUGAGGGAGCAUCAUGGUGGUAGGACAUAUUUGAGGGUUGAGAUUCGUGGUUAUGAAGAGGGAUCACGGUUUUUAGUGGUGUUGCGUAUGGAACCAGAAAAUGGUCCUAUCAGGAUUGAGAACAGGAUGGCUGAUAGAACAGUGAGAUUUCGCCAAUCAGGUUUAGGUGAUGACUUUUGUAUUCAGUUGGAACCAUUAUCAACUUCAAACUUCUCCUGGGAUGAUCCUUAUGGGCAGAUAUGUAUAGAUGUUAGUAUUCAAGGUGGAGCUUAUGUCCAUAAUAUCCUCUUGGAGGAAGGCAAGGAUUCAACAGAUCUAAAGGCACAUGGAGUUCAACUUUGUGUCGAAGAAACUGGAGAUAUCAGAGUUGUAAGAUUUGUGGAUGACAAAAGAAUAGUUCUAUCAGAAUCAAAGAAAAGGACUGAACCGCUUGAUAAAAUUAACAACUCAUCAUUGAAUGAGAUGCAAGUCAGCCCCUCCCCCCUGGAGCUUAUAAUUGAGCUGGGGGUUGUUGGCAUAUCCUUGAUUGAUCAUCAUCCUAGAGAGCUCUUGUACCUUUACUUGGAGAAAGUCUUUAUUUCAUAUUCAACAGGGUAUGAUUCUGGGAAAACAAACAGGUUCAAGCUCAUUCUUGGUCAGCUGCAGCUUGACAACCAGCUGCCGUUGACAGUGAUGCCUGUUCUCUUGGCACCUGAAGACAUGCCAGAUACAAGUCAUCCAGUUUUUAAAACCACCAUCACUUUAAGCAAUGACAGUUUAGAUGGUGCUCAGGUCUAUCCAUAUAUUUAUGUUCGGGUAAUUGACAAGUGCUGGAGAAUAAACAUCCAUGAACCAAUUAUAUGGGCAUUGGUUGAUUUCUACAAUAAUCUUCGUUUAGAUAGUAUCCCCAGCACCUCAGAAGUUGCUCAAGUUGAUCCAGAGAUACGUAUUGACUUGAUAGAUGUUUCAGAGAUAAGGUUGAAACUAUCUCUAGAGACUUCUCCAAAUCAAAGACCUCAUGGAGCCCUUGGUAUGUGGGGCCCAAUAUUGUCAGCUGUUGGGAAUGCAUUUAAACUUCAGCUUCAUUUAAGGAAAGUCAUGCAUCGAAGUCGGUUCAUGAGGAAAAGCUCCAUUCUUCCUUCUAUUGUGAAUCGUGUCAAGAGAGACCUUAUUCACAACCCUUUACAUAUAAUAUUCUCUGUGGACGUAUUGAGCAUGACAAAAUCAACUUUGGCCUCUCUCAGUAAAGGAUUUGCAGAGCUUUCAACAGAUCGACAGUUUUUGCAGUUGCGCUCAAAACAGGUUUGGUCAAGGAGGAUAACUGGUUUUGGUGAUGGAUUUCUUCAAGGAACUGAAGCUUUUGCACAGGGUGUAGCUUUUGGUGUGACAGGGGUGUUGACAAAGCCUGUUGAGAAUGCUAGACAACAUGGGUUUUUAGGACUUGCUCAUGGAAUUGGACGUGCUUUUCUUGGAGUUGUUGUCCAGCCGCUAAGUGGGGCGUUAGAUUUUGUUUCGUUGACAGUAGAUGGCAUUGGUGCCAGUUUUGUCAAAUGCUUAGAUAUCAUAAAUAACAAAGCAACUGCACAGAGAAGAAGAAAUCCUCGUGCCAUUCAGGCAAAUGGUGUUAUUAAAGAGUACUGUGAAAGAGAGGCAGUUGGGCAGAUGAUUCUUUAUUUAGCGGAAGCCAGUAGACACCUGAGUUGUACUGAUCUAUUCAAAGAGCCUUCAAAAUAUGCUUGGUCUGAUUUUUAUGAAGAUCAUUUCAUUGUGCCAUACCAAAGGAUUGUUCUGGUAACAAGCAAGCGUGUCAUGCUACUUCAGUCUUUAUCACUUGAAAAAUUGGAUAGAAAACCCUCAAAGAUUGUUUGGGAUGUGCCUUGGGAAGAGCUUCUGGCACUAGAAUUAGCCAAAGCAGGUCAUAAUAAGCCAUCACAUUUGAUCAUCCAUCUCAAGCACUUUAGGAAGUCAGAAAGCUUUGUACGAGUUGUCAGGUGCAAUGUAGAUGAAGAGGAAGGACAAGAACCUCAAGCUGUUAUGAUUUGUAGUUGCAUACGGAGAAUGUGGAAAGCUGCUCGCCAAUCUGAUUUGGAAGUCCUGACUUUGAAGGUUCCUUCAAGCCAGCGCCAUGUCCAAUUUGCCUGGGAUGAAUCAAACGGGAGGGAUUCCUAUAAAAGCAUUAAACCUAUGAUCAAACCAAGAGGACUCUCUUCGGCUGGUUCACUUUCUGAUGAGAUGAGAUUCAAGAAGCAUUGUGUGAAUUUUCGGAAGAUAUGGAGCAGUGAACAAGAAUAUAAAAGUAGAUGUACAUUAUUUCCAAAGCAGGUUGUUGAUGAUGGUACCAUAUGCAGCAUUUGGAGACCUUUUUGUCCAAAUGGAUAUGUUUCUGUUGGGGAUGUGGCUCAUAUAGGAAAUCAUCAACCUCAUGUAGCGGCAAUCUACAGGGAAUCUGCUGGAAACUUCUCGCUCCCUGUGGGUUAUGACCUAGUAUGGAGGAACUGUUCCAAUGACUACAAUUCACCUUUGUCCAUUUGGCUUCCAAGACCUCCAGAUGGGUUCAUUGCAGUUGGCUGUGUAGCAGUUUCUGAUUUUGAGGAGCCCCCACUUGAUUCUGCAUAUUGCGUAAGUGCGGAAUUGGCAAUAGAGACAGAAUUUGAAGAACAAAUGGUGUGGAGUGCUCCAGAUUCUUAUCCGUGGGCUUGCUACAUUUAUCAAGUGCACAGCGAAGCGCUUCAGUUCAUUGCGCUCCGUCAGCUAAAAGAAGAAUCCGACUGGAAACCCAUGAGAGUUUCUCAACAUGAUCUCCCACAGUUGUCAGAAGCUUCAGCAGAUCAAUAGAUGAAUUCAACACAUACAAGAUAUGGCUUGAAUCGAUUGAUUGAUGUUCGUAAACGUAUAUUGGCGUGCACCGGAAAUGUUUUGAACGUACAUGUUUUAGGUUUCGUUUGAUUCCCCCUGCAUUUUUUUCAUUCUUAAACGGAGUAUUACAACGGAGAAGUAAAAUUUUUUUUCUUCUCAAAUCGGCGAAAAUACAGAGGUAUAGCAAAAGGUCUUUUGAAAAAGUUGUGGAAACAAACAUUAAAAUAGUAAAAAUUUCACCAAUUGAAAUGACAACCAAAGGAAGCCUUAGAAAUCAAGGCAAAGAGGACUGCCUAGUUAUUUUUUUAUUGAUGGCGGUUGGCUCGGAAUAUUUUUUGUGUGAUAUAUAUGUAUAAUUCCUUCUGGCUCCAUAUUAUGGGAAUUGGGCAUUUUCUUUUGAGCAUAUAAUUCAUUUUUGUGCA